AUGGCUGACACUGGCUCCACAAGUAAAAGUUGUGAAGGAAAAGUUGAUCCUGAUACAAAAGAAACGGGAAAAUCUGAAGACGCAUUUAACACAUUCUACUCAGAGGUGAAACAAAUUGAGCAACAAGAUUCUGUCCUGACGUCCAAGCAACAAAUUGAUAGACUUACCAGACCUGGGGCCACAUAUUUCAAUCUUAAUCCAUUUGAGGUUCUUCACUUAGAUCCAGACAUCGGGCCAAACGAUGCCAAAAAGAGAUACAGGCAGCUUUCAAUCCUGGUCCAUCCUGACAAAAACCAAGAUGAUCAGGAAAGAGCGCAGAAAGCCUUUGAAGCUGUGAACAAGGCCUACAAAACAUUGGAGAAUGAAGAAGGAUUGAAAAGAUGUAAAGAAAUCAUUGAUGAGGCUGUGGUCAGGGUUGAGGAAAAUACUAAGUUAAAACGAAAGCAGCUAAAGAAAGAGGGAAAGCCUCAAGAAGUGCCUGAAGAUGACCCUGCAAAGUACAAACAUGCUGUUUAUGUGCAGACAGCCAAGCUAUUUGCUGAUUUAGAAAGAAUGAGACAGGAGCGAGAGGCAAAGGACAUGCACGAGAGGAAACGUAAAGCUGAAGAUGAGGCUGAAGCUGAGGAAAAAAAGAAAAAGGAUGCCGAGUGGCAGAAAAAUUAUGAGGCGAGCCGAGACGGUCGUGUGGACAGCUGGAGAAAUUGGGCAAAGAAGAGAAAGGGGAGCACGAAGGUCAUGAAAGGAGGAUUCAAACCACCAAAAAUUCAAGCAGAAAAGAGAUAAUGUCAAGGACAAGUAAUAGGUUUUUGAGACAAUGUGUUCUGAUUCGGAAUAUAUGGUUACACAAGAAGAGACUUGAUAUGAUCUCAGUCCUGUUGAUGUCUUUUUGUAAAAGUACUGCAGAGAGCAGAGAUGUCCGGCCGAGAGUUUAAGUAUUCUGGGUAGAUAUUUUUGUGUUGUAACACAUUCUGAAACGACUGAAUUCAGAUAUGACUGAGUUACGAAUCAUAGCUUCUGUUCCACAUGCAUUUCGGUUCCAUGAUGAGCAUUUCAGUGGCUUCCUGCAUUGGCCUCUUCCUUGCCAAGCCUAGGAAGCUGUUAGUUGUUAAAUUCAUGUGCUAUAGGACAGAUCAUAAAAAAUGUGAAGCUGCUGUGUUUACGUGUCAAGAGCUAGGUUCAGGUCCAACAAUCGGGUCCUGGAGAGGCCACACUUGGCUAUUGCCAUUGAAGUGCUGACGACAUCUGGUCAACAUGUGUCAGUGAGGUAAAUUUGACAGCCAAAGUGGUGUUUUUUCCUGGGAUGGUGGACAUUGGAAGAUAUCUGACGUGACUGUACGGUACAACUUUGGCCAAAUAAACUUUGAAUGCAUAUGAUUGUGGUUGUACGAUCAGGUUUCCAUGAGUGCAUGAAGCACAUAAUUGUGUGAAACAGUGGGAUUGUGUGCAUUAGACUAAAGUGUGGUCUGAGAAGUUGACCAUCCAAAUAUUUUCAUAAUACAUGUACAUAUUGUAUACUUUCGUCGAGUUUUCAGGAUUUCUGAAAAAGUGUGUGUUAGAUUAGAGACUAAUCUAAAUCGUUUAUGUGCAUUUGUGGUUUUUGCUGAACCCAUGAUUUCGUGUGACAUUCAUGAGAAAAAUACUGUAACAGUGUAAUAGAGGAAACGUUUGCUGUUAUUGACAUACUGUUAAGCACUUCCGAAGAAUUUCUGUACCAGUAAAUAGAUGAACCUAUGACUGUGGUGUAAUUAGGUAGAUUCCAUGGUGUUUGUGUAUAAUUUCCAUUUAUCCUAAAUCAGUCUUUUGAGGACAAAGUCACAACCAGAAUGCCAGGAUAAGAUCACUUCAGGGUCAUGAAAUAUGUCGAGCCACUAAAAAAUGACCGAAGAUUUUAAAAACUUUGUUUUGUGUAACUGGCAGCUCUUGCGAAUCAGCUAAUAAACUUCGAAUGGGA